AUGUGCUUAAUUAGAUAAGAGGGUAAUAAAUUCACCUUUGUUUUCAGUGAUGUGCUGAACGGCAUUACUAUUGGAAGACUAAUAAAAAAGGGUGAAUACUCAUAUUAGUUCAUUUAAGAUAACAAAAGAUUAGUCAAUAGAGGGUAGGUAUCAUCAAUCAUUUUAGUUAGACUUGAUAUUAUUGCCUAUUCAGAGAAGGAUCAUUUGAAAAUAUUUGAUAUCAAACGAAAGAAACUCAUUAAAAGCAUCAUUUGUCCAAAUUAUCCACAUUUAUUUAAAAUUUAAGACUAUAACUAUAAAUAAAAUCCUUUUGCAUUUGUUAAAAGCAACAACUCAAUAUCAUUAUUUAAUCUUAGAAACUAUCAAUUGACCAAAGUGAUAGAUUCAAAGUAUUGCUAUAUUUCUAAGAUGUGUAGUUUAAUAAAUAUAAGAAUUGGAAAUUCUGAUUAGAAAUACAGACUUAUUGAAAUUUAGAGAUAUGAUUGCUAAGCUGAAAUAAGAGAAAUCAUCGUGAAAAUUAUCUGA